AUGGCCAAGAGGCGUCGUGAAUUCGCGUCACAAGUGCAGCUCAUUACGCUCGACCUAGUUCUGCUUCUACUGCUGUCGCCCUCCCAUCAUUCCCUCGCUGCGGCCGCCUGCACCGCUGCAUUCCCCUCCGCGUCCGCCUGCUUCCCCGCGACCGCCUCUCACCGCGCCUUGAUACAGCUCAUACGACCAACCUCCGUCGUAGGCGCUCUCCACAGCUCUUCGCCUGGAAACCGCGCUCUACCGCUCAACGACACAGCGUCGCUCAGCGACACAGCGUCGCUCAACGGCACAGCGUCGCUCAGCGACACAGCGUCGCUCAACGGUACAUCGUCGCUCAACGGCACAGCGUCGCAUAACGGCACAACGUCGUUCAACGGCACAGCGUCGCUCAACAGUACAGCGUCGCUCAACAGUACAGCGUCGCUCAACAGUACAGCGUCGCUCAACAGUACAGCGUCGCUCAACAGUACAGCGUCGCUCAACAGUACAGCGUCGCUCAACAGUACAGCGUCGCUCAACAGUACAGCGUCGCUCAACAGUACAGCGUCGCUCAACAGUACAGCGUCGCUCAACAGUACAGCGUCGCUCAACAGUACAGCGUCGCUCAACAGUACAGCGUCGCUCAACAGUACAGCGUCGCUCAACAGUACAGCGUCGCUCAACCGUACAGGGUCUCUCAACGGCACUGCGUCGCUCAACGGUGGCGGCAGCGAUGGGAGUGCAUCCCUCAGCGGCGGGGGCGGCGGGCCAGUGGAGAGGGUGGGGCGGGCGGCGGAGAAAAUAGCGCACGCGGUGGGGGAGGCGGGGCAGGUGGCGAAGCAGGUGGUGGAGAUGUACGUGCGCCCCAACGCGCGCCCGCGCAUUCCGCUCGGCCCCACCAUCAUCAAAUGGCUCAAGCGCUCGCCCAUCCCCCAGCAGGUCCGCGCGCUGUCCCGCGCCGCUUGCACGUCAGAGGGGUCAGGGUUCAUCCACAGCGUGGUGGUGGGGUCGGCGGACAAGCCCCUGGCGGGCAACACGGUGUACUACUACCGCAUGGGGCGCAAGGGCAAGCGCCGCUCCUUCAAGACCCCGCCCACCGCCGCUGAUGCCGCCAUCAACGUUGCCAUCGUUGGCGACCUGGGGCAGAGUGGGUGGACGGUGAAGACGCUGAAGCACGUGGGCAGCCGGCCGCACGACAUGGUGGUGGUGCCAGGCGAUCUCUCCUAUGCCGACUUCAUCCCCUGGCGCUGGGACAGCUGGAGCACGCUCAUUGACCCCUACGCCAGCACGCGCCCCUGGAUGGUCGUGCCCGGCAACCACGACCAGGAGUCGCUCUCGCGCUUCCUGCCUGGCUUCAUCUCAUACAACGCGCGCUGGCGCAUGCCCGCUGCAGAGAGCGGGUCGCCAUCGAACCUAUUCUACUCGUUUGACACGGCAGGCAUCCACUGGGUCAUGCUCUCCUCCUACUCGGGCUUCCUCCCCGGCUCCCGCCAGUAA